GGAAGUGACACCAUUGCUACAUACUAAUUUUAGAGAAAACAAAAUCUUUGUUAUUUAGUUAUUUUAUUUGAAAAAUCACUUCAAUAACAAACGGUUUCAUGAUGAAAUUUAAGUUUGAUCAGCACGAUCCGAAUUCUUAUCGGUGUUGUUUUUGUUGCCACGUCAAGACUGGGACAAUUUUGCUUGGAAUAUGGCAAUUGUUGAUGCAGGUUCUCCUUAUUGGAGCUCUGAUACUGAUUUCAUUUCACCCAGACAUCCUGAAGCCCCGUCAAGAUCUUACUUUCAACAACAAUGGCAUCAUGGUUACAGAAACAGGAGCAGACACUGGAUUUCAUUCAUACUCUGCUUUCAUGAAGAAGCCAUUUUCAAAAGAUGACAUGUGUGUGGCAUAUGUUAUUACACUGGCUUCACUUAUCAUUACUGUGGCCCUCAUCUAUGGCGUUGUCAGAAGUCGACCUGGAUAUCUGAUGCCAUUUUUCUGCCUCCAAGUGUUCGACUUCUGCCUCAGCUGUCUGACUAUUGUUGGCUACUUCACGUACGCUCCAAACAUCAAACUGUGGAUUCACCAGCAGGGAAUGUCCGACAUGCCCGGGAUGGACAAAGUCAUGCAGAUGGACAGUGAUUGGCUGAUGCUGGUUUUCGUCACGGUACUAAUCCUCAUCCUGUGCAUCAAGGCCUACUUCAUCGGUGUGGUGUGGGCCUGCUACAAGUAUCUGCAGAUGAGAAAUGCCAACCGAGGAGUAGUGAGACAGUACAGUCCGGGCGCAGAUGCUGAGAUGUUGCUGCCUCCCAAGUAUGAAGAUGCUAUCAAAAUGCAGAUGGACCCCAACCCCCCUCCACCCUAUGUCCAGUAAAUAAUGGGCAGUGGUGACCUAUACAGCUGCAGUGUGUCAUUUAAAUUAAUAACCUUUGUAUACUGUUUCUUUUUCACAAAAGUACAAUAUUUAUUUUAAAUUUUUAAAUUCUUAAUCUUUGCAAUUUAUUUCACUUUUUUUUUUCUUCAAAAUAACAGUGACAUCACCUUUUAAUUGUGACUUACAAACAAUAAUGGCAGUGAAAAAUGAAUGUGUACUGUAUUUUUGGUAAAAAUGUUUCAUAAAGAUAAAAUGUCAAUUGUUUUUGGUGAUCCGAUUUAAGAAUGUUUAAGUUGUUGUAACUCAUAAUAUGAAUCUGUUAAACAACACAAAAAGAAACUCAAAGCAGAUUCUUAUGUAGCACGUCACAGUAAAGAAGAUGGAGAAAAGUUGAAAAAUAAUUUAAAACUGAAGACAUUUGUCUGCAUUAUAUAUCUGUGUUUCUUUGUGCUUUCUUUAAAUUUCCAAUGUGUUGCAAAAUGUUUUUUGGUGUGUAUUUGAUAUUGUUAAAAACUUACAGGUACAAUACAGGUGUUAACAUUUUAUUAGUACACUAUUUAAUGGUUUUUGGUGAAUAUGUGUAUGCUUAUGUUGGUAACAAAGUGAAAGAUGCUCUUAUCAUUUAUGUAAUUAUUUGAACAGUAAUCAAAAUUGGGCACACUUACUAUCAUGACUGGGUUUGGGGUUUUAAGUUUUCAUUAGAUUUAGGAUAUGAUUUACUGAAUUUUCAAGUGUGCUGAUGUGUUUUGAUAGUAAUGAAUUGGGGAUAUUAUUAAUGAUGCAAACUACACCAAAAUUAAAAAAAUUAAUGAAUUUUGUACUUGGUUUGUAUGUUUUUUAGUGGAUCUCAUUGUAAAAUCCAACAAACAAUAUUUAAAAUACAAGAUACAAAUAAUGUCAAUUAUUAUUUUCACAAAGUGAGGACUGCUACGGUAUAUAAAGAAAGAGUAAUGUAUAGUUCUUGUACUAAAUUUAUAUAGAAUCCGUACAAAUACAUAACAGAUAUAUGCAAAGUUCUUAAUUUGGAAUUGUCAUAGCAAUGCCCAUAAAACUAUAUCUCGUUAAAACAUAGCUUACAUAGUCAUGCCUGUGCUUAAAUUUUCUAUGUUGCUUUCCCUGGUUUAUAUUCUGUAUUCUUAAUGUAUUGGUAAUUAGAAAAGUGAUGUACAUAUAAACAGAAAAAUCCUCCUGGACCAGACAGUACUUUAUUAACUGAAUAAUAUUAAAUUUGGUCAUGUGAAACAAUAUGUGAUCAUAAGUUUGUUAUAGAGCUUUUUUUAUUCACUUUUUCAUGUUUUUGAUAAAUUAUGAGGGUCUUUUUCUUCAUUUGUUUUCUCCAAUAUUUUAUUUUUUAUUUUUUUUAUUAUUGCUCGCACAUGUAUAGUAGAAUUGUUCUAUGAUUUAUAUUUGGGUGCAUAUUAUUUUGUUAUUUUCUAUGUAUAUAAUUGUAUAUAUUGCUGUAAAUCAUCAAAUAAUGAUGUUCUAAAAAUAUUCUUACUUUUAACCUAUUAGUUACAUUAAAGUAUUAACCUAUUAGUUACAUUAAAGUAUGCAAGCUGAAAAUUACUGAAUGGCUUUGAAAAGGUAACCACACAUUGUGCCAGACAGUUCAUAUUUCAACAUAUCCAAACAAAUGGAAGGCCAGUUCAUGAUCGUGACGUUUUUCGCCUUUAAGAUCUUGGCACUGGUAGUUUUGCAAUUCAUGCAAUGUCGCAUGCGUUACUCAUUUUGGGGGGAUGAUCAGUAACCUGAUGUCUACACAAGAAUCCACUCUGACCACCACCUGAUGAGCAACAUUAAUUGGAGCAAGGUCCAUAUUUUCAAAGCUAUCUUAGUGCUACAGUAUCGUAAAAUCAUUGUAAGCUAUGAUGAUAUAAGCUAUGAUGUUUUAUGAUAUCAUAGCUUUGAAAAUCUCCAGCCAGACUCUGAUCUAUGAAUGACAACACCCCCCCCCCCCCCCCCCCCCAAAGGGCCAUUCGAUGUGCGACUUCAUUCUAUAGGUGUGUAGUAGAUGCAACACAUUCAUACAUUUGCAGAACUCGAUAUUGAGACUUGAAAAUCUGAUAAAAUAGAAAAAAAAUACAACACAUGUAUGAACUAUGAGAUUUGCAUGACUACAGAAUUAUGGACAUUAAACACUAAUUUGUGACAAGUUGAUAUGCAGUUGAUUUUAAUCUGUUUAUUAAAUGAAAUCGGAGAGAUUUCGUACAAUGAGUGUUGUGUUAUAAAGUGUUUAGUACAUUUUCAUUUCGGUAUAUAAUAUAAACAUCUUUAUUUGCAAGUUAACAUUUUAUAGUAAAUUGAUUAAUAUUUUAUGAUUUACAGUAAUUGUAUUGAUGUUUCAUUUAGGUAUAUAAUAUUAACAUUUUUAUUUAUCGGUUAACAUUUACAGUAAAAUGUAAAUUGAUUAAUAUUUUAUGAUUUACAGUAAUUGUUUUGAUGUUUGUAAACACUGGGAUGUAGUACCUGAAAGACAUUCUGGGAAUUGCUUUUGCAUAUAUUUGCCCUAUUGAUAGGAGGAAAGGAACACUUCAAAGAAGUGAUUUUGUCUUUCCGUGACAAAGUCAAAAGGCAAGAUAAAUGUAUUACUUUUCUGAUGGCAUCUCUGUCAAUAUUGAGUUUUGGCAUUUAAGUCCUGUUUCUCACAAACUAUAAGCCUUGAUGAAUGAAACUUGGUUUAUAGUUGCAUCUAUAAAUGUUCAUCCCGAUGCAUAUUUAAAAUAUUAUAAUUUAUUAAAUUGUGUUUUUGCUUAAAAAAAUUUUUUCUAAAAGAAUUGGAUUAAUCGUGAAUGUAACAUCACAAUAUAUUCUUUGUUUAUGAAAUCAGUUUAUGGUAGCUGAAACAUUUAGUUCAGUGGAAUUCUUGUUUAGUCUUAAAUGUUGUAAUUGUUAUUCAGCACAAUGUAUUGUCAUUUGGAAACAGGAAUCUGUUAAUAAAAAGUAACUAAAUUA